CAAUGAAAUCACACGGCUUAAAUCUCGUUCGGCACUCUCGCGAGCAUGUGAUUACGGCCCUGCUGUGUUGCUGAAGAAAACACGAUUUCAGUGCAGGACUUUCCACGAUGAGUUAUGCCGACAAGCCGGAUGAUAUGACUAGAGAGGAGUGGAUGGAGAAGAUCAACAAUGUCCACAUACAGCGAGCAGACAUGAACAAACUCAUCAUGAAUUACCUCGUAACAGAGGGUUUCAAGGAGGCUGCAGAGAAGUUUCGCAUGGAGUCAGGAAUCGAGCCCACCUUAGAUUUGGACUCCCUGGAUGAGAGGAUAAAGAUACGUGAGAUGCUUCUGAAGGGGCAGAUCCAGGAGGCCAUUGCCCUCAUCAAUAGUCUUCACCCAGAACUACUCGACACCAACCGAUACCUUUACUUCCAUCUGCAGCAGCAGCACCUGAUCGAGCUGAUUCGGCUGCGAGAGACGGAGGCGGCCCUGGAGUUUGCCCAGUCCCACCUGGCGGAGCAGGGCGAGGAGAGCCGCGAGUGCCUGACCGAGAUGGAGCGCACCCUGGCCCUGCUGGCCUUCGACAACCCAGAGGAAUCUCCCUUCGGAGACCUGCUCAACAUGAUGCAGAGGCAGAAGGUGUGGAGUGAGGUGAACCAGGCGGUGCUGGACUAUGAGAACCGUGAGCCGACCCCGAAGCUGGCCAAGCUGUUGAAACUGCUGCUGUGGGUGCAGAACGAGCUGGACCAGAAGAAGGUCAAGUACCCCAAGAUGACGGACCUCAGCAAGGGCACCAUCGAGGACCCCAAGUAACACGCAAGCAGCGGCAGUGCCCUAGUGCAGCCUUACUGCAGAGAGGACCACCUGGACUCCAUUGCUCUAACUACACCCUCAACCCACCCACCCACACCAUCAUCACCCUCCUCCAUUUUAUUUAUACACAGUCCGUGACUGAAACCUAUAUUUUACGAUUGCUACUUCAGAGACUAUUAAGUUCAUAAGACGUGAGGCUGUGAACUGGAUCGUUUUUAAAUGUUAAAGAGAAACAAAGUGACUUGCUCUGCUCUAUACGAAAAUGGCCAAAAUAGAAACACGCCUGUAUGCUGCAACAUUGGUGCAACAUCUCCGCGCUCAUGAUGUUUGUAGUAGAUCUGUAGGUGGGUUGCGUUUCACUGUCUGCCCCUCCUGUACGUCUCUAGUUCCGUGUCUGGAAACCCAUUCAGUGGACUGCUUAAGCCUAAAUUAGGCUGUUGAGGAUGCCUCUGUUUGUCUGUUGGUUUUGUCUGACGAGUGAAGUGCUGUAAGUUACCUAAACGCAGUGCUUUGAAUUCAUCAGAGGUUGAAUGUACUUGCCUUUAACAUUGAUGGAAACCAACUGGUUGUGUUUGCUUUUUUUGAAAUUUUCUAUUUUAUAAAUGUGUAUCGUUUAGGUUGAAAAUGGGGAAACAGCCGCCUGUGAAUAUUUAUAAACAUGUUAUUGCAUUGUGACUUUCA